AUGUCUGCCGAAUACCAAGGACAGGACCCCAUCAAGCUCGCUACCCAGGCUGAGCAGGACUUGAACAGCCAUGCCGCAAAGCACGGUCAGACCACAAGCGACAGCACCCGCGAGUCUGGUGUUGACGAGAGCGUCAGCAACAAGUUCCCUGGUGCCGACGUAACUGUUGGUGGUACUGGUGCCAGCAACAACAUUCGCAUCCCCGAGAGCGAGGGUGGUGACAUCAACCCUUCCACUGGCAAGCUCUACAAGGCUGGCGAGUUCGAGGGUGCUGGAGGUCCCGAGACCAAGGCUCAGAUUCACCGCGAGAACAACGGUGGUAACGAUGAGGUCCGCUCCAACGUCCGCAACUAA